AGACCCAUCAUUUUAUUUAUUAGCUGAAUUUCUUUCAUUCGGUAACGUUAUCUAAUCGGCUUAAGGCGCACUGUAUUAGGCAAUGCGACUCAAAGCGCACACCCGACUUCUUUAUUUUUGGUCUGAUAAAUAAAUCUCAUCAGGAAAAACUGGUGAUGUUUCUAGUGCAUUUCUUUCUGCUGCUGUUGGAUCCGAGCCUUUGCCGGCUGAUCACAAGCAGCCCUACCGAUGAUAACACACUUCGGAGCGGCCAUGGAGAGCAGGGAGAGCCGGGACACAACGAGCAUCACAAGGAUUCAUACAGCACUUUCGCGUCAGAAUUUUUGGAGUCUAGAUACCUUUCAGACGAAGGUUAUCCGUUCCCGACUGCACCUCCUGUUGACCCUUUUGCCCGCAUCAAAGUCACUGAUUGUGGAGUAACAAAAGGCUGUAUCAGGUAUGGAAAGCCGGGCUGUGAUGCAGAAACAUGCGACUAUUUCCUAAGUUACAGGCGCAUCGGUACAGAUGUUGAGUUCGAGAUGAGUGCAGACACAGACGGCUGGGUUGCUGUCGGAUUUUCUUCUGACAAGAAAAUGGGAGGUGACGAUGUCAUGGGCUGUGUCCAUGAUGAUAACGGGCGGGUGAGAAUCCAUCAUUUCUAUAACGUGGGCCAAUGGGCCAAAGAGAUCAGGAGAAACCCAGCACGGGAUGAGGAAGGCCUCUUCGAGAACAAUCGGGUGACUUGCCGCUUCAAGCGCCCGCUUCAUGUGCCACGUGAGGAAACACUGGUGGAUCUGCAUCUCAGCUGGUACUACCUGUUUGCCUGGGGACCUGCUAUACAAGGUUCCAUAACACGGCAUGACAUCGACAAUCCUCCAGUGUCUGACCACAUGAUCAGCAUUUAUAAAUAUGAGGACGUUUUCAUGCCUGCUACAGCCUACCAGACAUUUUCCUCCCCGUUCUGCCUCCUGCUCAUUGUGGCCCUCACAUUUUACCUGCUGAUGGGAAGCCCAUAACCGGGAUGACAUACUUGUCAAAAGCAUUAGAGAAAGGCAGCAAUAAAUCAGUGUCAGAGAAUAAUCAGAAUUUAAAAUAAGCUGUGUAUUUAAAUAGGAGCAUCUGAGCUUCUUUAGCAAGCUAGAUUUAUGCAGUACACACCCAGUUCUAGGAAGAAGGCUGUAUUACUAUAGAGCAUGUUAUUAAUCAAGCUCAAUGCCAUAUAGAUGAAAUGCCUUAGCAUUUUUUCUUUUUGUGAUAUCCAGUAUUGCUGAUAUGUCCUGUGUUUCUUAAUGGCUUUUCAAAUUGAGUGCCAAAUACAUGCAAGUGCCAGUUUGUUCACAGUAGCAUCACACACUAAGUGGUAUUUUGCUUGCAGUAUCAUUAGGAGGCGCUGCAGUAAAUAAUCAUCUCAGCAACACUUGACAGAAUCAGAAGCAGCUAUUUUGCUUUAUCACACACGUCUAAUAUAACGUCUGAGUAUCACACUGAACUUCUCUAAAAUGUAAUAUUAUAGAACGACUGUGAAGCAGCAUAACAAUUUGUAACAGCUUUAUUCACACACACACACACACACACACACACACACACACACACACACACACACACACACACACACACACACACACA